CUCUCUGCGUGCGGACCCCGCCGUCACACUGGCUGCUAGCAGCGGCGGCGACCACGGCAGCACGGAAACCGAAAGACCCCCACCACGAUGAACAACGCGGCGCUCAAAAGAAUGAUUUAGCGUCUUCUUUUAUUUUUAUUUUUAUUUUUUAUUUAAAAAAAAAAAAAAGGAAAAUCAUUUUAACUAUUUAACUGGUUGUUUAUUUCCCCGGUGGUUCAGUUAGUCCUGUGAAUAAUCGGGAUGUUACCGUCCAGUAACCGAGGAUCGCUCCCUGACGGGGAUGUAAGCCUGACUUCUCUUAAGAGCCAUUUUCCUCAGACAAAGAGAGCUUUUGAAUAAACACAGAAACAGGGCACACGGUCCCAGGGGGCUCCUAUUGAUGAAGAAAGUGGGCAACAUGUGGAGCAACCUGAAGAGCAAAUGCCAGACACUGUUUCACAACAACAGUUCAGGACCCAGUGAAAGCAGGGUUGAGGCCGAUGCCGUCCACUGUGUGUUGGAUCUUGGCCAAGGAGGCAGCUCAGGUGAGGCUCAGGCAUCAGGAGCCUCCAGCCCAUCACGCAGCCUCCUGCCGGUGCCAAUGGUGACAACAGGACGCCGCCAUCAUCAUAACUGUGUGUCCGACAUCCCUCAGAUAGUAGAGAUCACCAUCGACAAGGACACUGAGGAUGUGCGGGGGGGAUCAGGGGGUGUUCCCCUGGCCCGGAGAGACUCCUACUCCCGUCACGCUCCAUGGGGGGGCAAGAAAAAACACUCAUGUUCCACCAAAACCCAGAGCUCCCUGGAGGCUGACAGGCGGUCUGGGCGCAUACGGGGGAGUGGUAACCGUAGGGACAGGCGUUAUGGAGUCGGCUCCAUCCAGGAGAUGAGCGACUCCGUAUCUGGAGGACGCAGUCUGAAUGCUCGGUCUUUGCGACAGAGGCUGAGUGAUACAGUAGGGCUGUGCUUACCCCUUCCCGCUCGCAGAUGCUCCCGCUCUUCUAAGAACCCUGUCACCUCCAAACGGAAGAUUCACCUGACAGAGCUCAUGCUGGAGACCUGCCCCUUCCCACCAGGCUCAGACCUUGCACACAAGUGGCACUUGAUCAAGCAACACACAGCACCGGUCAGCCCGCAUUCCUCCACUGCCCUGCUGGAUGCCUUUGACCCAGCUCACCCCUCUCCUGAGGACGAGGAGGAACGUCUGCGCGAGCGCCGCAGACUUAGCAUCGAAGAAGGUGUGGACCCACCACCUAAUGCACAGAUCCACACCCUGGAGGCCUCAGUGCCGGGCUCCUCUCUCUACAAACUGGGACCAAAGAUGGCUCCUGGCAUGGGAGAGGCCUCUGGGGAAGGCCGGGCCUCGGGGGCUGGCAGCUCUGUGGGUGCUGGAUCAUCAGGGGCCUGUGGGCAGGUGCUGGCGGCUGCAGCGUCAGCCCAGGACUGUGACUCUGAGGAGGAUUCGACCACCCUCUGUCUGCAGGCCAGGAGGCCCAAGCAGAGGCACGCUUCAGGGGACGGUCACCUUAGCCGGCAGCAGCCAGGGCCCUGGAAGGUUCACACCCAGAUAGACUACAUCCACUGCCUGGUGCCGGACCUAUUGCAGAUCACAGCUCUGCCCUGCUACUGGGGCGUGAUGGACCGCUACGAGGCUGAGGCGCUGCUGGACGGACGGCCAGAGGGCACCUUCCUGCUGCGUGACUCAGCCCAGGAGGACUACCUCUUCUCCGUUAGCUUCCGCCGUUACAACCGCUCUCUGCACGCCCGCAUCGAGCAGUGGAACCACAACUUCAGCUUUGACGCCCACGACCCUUGUGUUUUCCACUCUUCCACCGUCACGGGGCUGCUGGAGCACUACAAGGACCCCAGCGCCUGCAUGUUUUUCGAACCGCUGCUCACGGCGCCUCUCCAUCGGACCUUUCCCUUCGGCCUGCAGCACCUGGCACGAGCCGCCAUCUGCCGCUGGACCACUUACGAUGGUAUAGGCUCUCUGCCGUUGCCCCCUGCCCUGCAGGACUUCCUCAAGGAGUAUCACUAUAAACAGAAAGUACGAGUUCGCUGGCUGGAGAGGGAACCGCCACUCAAGGUCAAAUAGGGUGGCUUUCUCCAACGCCUGUACACACACUGCAGGAGGAUUACAGAACUUGAGAAAUUCCUUGUUAGCCAAUUAGAGGCUAUACUGACAUGGCUCUCUUUCUGGUGAAGGAUGGAAUUUAAAUGUAACAAGCUAUACAAGAUUCAUUCUAAUCUUUGUUUUAGUUAUUAUUUACAUCACAGAAAAUACAUAUGAUUAUAUUCAGUAUAACGCUGCCUGGCGAGCACACGUUUUUUGUGUUGGACAGGUUGUUUUCGACAGGGAGGGAAGGCACAAAUAUCAGUGCUUUGUGUCUUUUCUCUCCUGCUUUGUGCUAAAUGUCUGCCUGAUCCCACAACAUCACCCUGCCUGUAGACCUGCCUGCAUGCCUCCCUUGUUCAUCCCAAAUUGCUAUUUAGGCCCACAUGGCGACAUUGUACAGUUCACUUUGUGCUUUCUCUAUUUUUAUUUUUAUUUUUUGCUUCCUUAGCUUGUCAAAGCACCUAGUGGAGCACCUUCCCAAAAGGGUUUUAAGGGUGUGUGUGUGUGUGUGUGUGUGUGUGUGUGUGUGUGUGUGUGUGGGUGGGUUGAGAGGGCAACUGGAGGUGCUAUUGGUAUAUUGCAGUCAGAGCUCGUCCCAUGGAUAGAGCUACAUAAGGCACAUUCUUUGCCAUCCCUUUUGCACGCAUGAGAAUCAGCCAGAGACAGGGACAGAUUCUGGGAGGGUCCAUAGAGUUCAGGACAAGCACAUCAGGGAAACGACGUGCUUUCUGAGGACUAUAGAUUAGUCCUUAAAAAACACUAGCUCUUCUUUAAGCAGUAACAGUGAGUGAUGAAUAAUAAAUCAGUCUGCUGUGUCCUAUUUUGUGAGCAAGCUUAAACUUUAUUCCCACGGAGCGGCAUUGCUUUUCAGAACAUAUUCUAAGGAAAUAAUUUGACAACUCUUGCCAUUGUUACAGUUGUCAAAGCAGUCACUGGCCACAGGCACUUCAGGUCUGUGCACAUUUUACUGUGCAUGUACUUCUUCCUGAAUGAAAGUUAGCUCCCAUGCUAACGUUUGAGCAGUCUUUAUUGAAUUGUGUUUUAUAAUUUUAGUUUUACUCACCUGCUCACUUCAGUUUGUAUCUUUUGGUGGCAUCUGGCAUACGGACAGCUUCAACCCCCCCCCAUAUCCCAUUUUGUAUUUCUUUCUUCACAAGACACUUGAAACAUUGGUGCAGAUGGCUUUGCACUUUGGUUACAGUAAGGAAUGCUAAUAAGUCUUUGCAGAUGAAUUGAGGGAACAUGUGUAGUCGGUGAAAACUAUGAAAGUUCAAAAUGUCCCUUCUAAAACACGAUAGGCCCCCAUAUGGUCACAGAUCAUGGGGGAGGACAUUUAACAUCACGUGACACUCAACAAGAAUCUGCUUGUUAAAAUUGUGAACUACAACUCCCAUAUUCCCUUUUUCCUUACUAAUUAAUAUUUCUUUUGAGCUAUUCUUAUGAAGCACACUGUGUCACCAGCAGGAAAGAGCUGAUCUACUCCUUUUCUUGGGAGUUGCAACUUACGACUAUCAAAGCUCUCAACUCCGAUAAAUCCCCCCGUAGCCCCGUUGCGUUUAUAGUCCCAGUUAUAGCAUCGAGUGCAGACAACGCUCAACUCUCGAGAGGUAUCUGUUGAGAGCUUUAGUUAAGGAAUCUGAAUGAUUUCAGUUGUGUGACUUUGGGAUAAAGACACUGCUGGCUAGCCGGUCAUUUCCGUUGUGUUCUCAUUGUGAAGAGAAAUUAAGUGUAACCUAUGUGCCUUUUUUUUUUUAGAGAACCAUUGAUCUUGUUCCAUAAUAAUUUGCUCUUUAGUCCCGACUUGGAGCAGGAGGUGCUUCGGAUGCCAUCAAAUGAGACUGAAGAGAAUAAUAACGAUGCUCUAAGCUCACUUACUAAAUGGUGCUUAGUAAGUUUUUCUAACGGAUCCAAUUGUAGUGGUGCUACGUUGAUUAAGCUAUGACAGAUUACUGAAAUGAUAAGUUGUACAUUAGUUAACAUCUGUUGUCACUCACUAAUGCAUGCAUUAGUCUCUUGCCACAUUAUGGCCUGUAUGGUAGUAUUAGGUUUGUUAGUGGGUCCAAUGCCAGCCCUAUUGUAGCAUAUUUCAGUGCAAGAUAUCCCUCACAUGUGGUUCUUGUCCGCAACUUGACAUAUAGAUCUGAACGAGUGGGCAUGAAGGUUAACUCUUCACUGUGAGCAUUUUUAUCUGAAUUAUCCAGCUUCUGAUGCCCAAGUUCGCCAUCAGCAACACUGUUUGUCUUUACUCUUGAUUAAUAGGAGAUACACAUUACCUGGCUUUUUCAAACUACAAGAAGACGUGGUUCCUUUAAGGCAACAUAAAUAUCAUUAAUUGGACACUAUGUAGAUAAAAAACCCUGCAGGUAAUGUGUAAAACUAAAAUAUUAAAGCAUGAGAUCCUGAUCACUAGAAAGGUUAAUCUACGUUUUCAAACUAGUUCAUAUUUUAGUUUUAUGUGUUCGCUCAGUCGUGUUUCUAUCAGCCCGCACACGUGUUAAAAAGGUUAGUGUAGUUCUCGUCUGUGAGGAUGAAUCAUGAACAAAUGUCGUUUCUUUACCCAUGAAUAUCUGAGUCUGUGACCAAAGCUCUCGAACACAGCUAUCUGUAAUAACUAGUAGGCUGAAGCUUAUUAAUGUGCUCAGUGGUGUUGAAAUAAAGCGAAAAUUAUUUUUCAGAUUUACAAACGGAGUGGAAGUCGGCUCCAUACGACAGUAGACCUUUUUUAUGCAGGUGGUAAAAGCUAAUUGGUGACGGUCUCUAGCCAGUUUUAACCUUUCAUUCACUGUAUUGUGAUCAGAACAUUUCCUCAUAAAAGUCCCAGAAAUGUUCCACUGCCCCGCACUUUGUUCUCAGAAAGCUUGAAUACCCGUAUGUGUCCGAGUGGCAGGAGUGAGUGAGUGAGUGUUAAGCCGAAGGGGAAUAAGGUCGACAUUUUGAGUUGCUCGUCCGUGCACUUUUCAGGAUUUUUUUUUUUUUUUUAGCAUCCACACUGUCAAAGAGAAGAAAUGUAUAUCUAUAUGAAAGCGCACAUCGUACUAUCUCGCUCACUGUCACCUGUCUUAUCAUGCUACUUCCUAGCAAUAGCAUACAACUCCCUUACAGUGCCCCCCCCUUGCAGGCACUAAUCACAGGCUAAUUUUACCAUGUUGGGAUAUAAAUUUACUGGGUACUAAAAGGGCCACUCUGUGUUGCCUUAUGGCUGCUGUGUGGCUGAAGGAGGCCUUUUUUUUUGUUAUUAUAUCCAACUGCGCUCUCUCUCCCAUCUGGCCACAUCCCUAACAUCCCUGUGCUGAUGUGGAGGUGACUGUGGGUGGUGCAGAGCGAACUAAGGCCUGUUUGUCCUGCCCUCUACUCUCUAUCCAACCCUGUCAGGGCGAUGUUAGGCUGAAGUUAAGGAGCAGGAGGAGGAGGAGGAGGAGAGAUGGAGCAGGCUCACUGAGAGCCCUGUUGUGGCAACAGCGUGCUCACAGAGUGGGCUAGGGAUUUGUUGAAGUAAAUAGCACUUUAAUUGUGUAUUUGUGUUAUACAGUACAGUCUGCAAGUAUUAGGAAAGUGGGCUUUUUUUUUCCUGUUGUGUUUGCUCUGCAGUAUAUUGGAUUUGAAACGACAGGUGGGCUUAGUGACAACUCAAAGCUUUAACUUUAAAGAAUGCAUAAAUAUUGGGUGAACAUGGUAGGAAUUGUGCUGCUUCUUGUACAAACUUAAGUCAUCAUAUUAAGCAUUUAGUUAAAGAUCUUUUGCAAUCAGCCACUGCUGAAUUCUAUAACAUGCUCAUGUAUGUGAGCAGACACUGUCUAUGGUGAUGUCUUGCAAAGGCUGAAACUGCAGUCAUCUUUAUUCUUGCUUGUUUUGGUCAUUUUUAUGCCUUCAGUCUGGUAUAAAAAACAUGUCAAACAUCCCGCUGCUUUGACCUAAAAUUGGGGCAUUGCAUAUGAAAACAGCUACAUUUCCCGCUCUGUACAUCCAGUAUCAACACUCUUAAACGUACUAAAAGCAGAGAGUUGGCACUUUAACCUGUUUAUAGCCACUGUUUUGUCACCAAUACGCUGCCGACUACGGAGCCGAAACAACUGAAGAACCUUCUACCGUCCAAAUAUUUCCAGACAGCACUGUUUGUGUUUUAACUCAAGAUGGCGAGACUUGUGUGAGUGUUACGAGAAGGAAGAAAAGGAGGGGAAAAAAAAAAAAAAAAAAAGCCGGUGGUCCUGAAAUAUUUCACUUCUGUUCAGGCGUCGUAAGCCGUGUCGAUGGAGUCGCGUCCUCCACCGCGCUGCAGACCCGGUGCAUCGCGUGUGCGUCGUGUGGGACUAUAUUAGUGUAUGGACAGAGCCACACGGAGGGUUCCAGUGGAGGGGAAGCUAGAGUCGACCGUGAGGGGUGAUGACAGUGACUCCUAUGAACAAUGCCUCUUUAAACCCCCCACCCACCCCCCACACACACCCUCUGUCCCACCCCCUCCUUAUUCUCAGGCAGGCCCCAUUGCAAGGAGAGUCCCAGGACCCUCUCAACCCAGUUUUCCCCAUGGGAAAUAUCUGACAUUAACCGUAGCACAUGUUUGCCAUAUAACCCGUAGAUUUAGGAGAGAGAGAGAGAGAGAGAGAGAGGAAAAGAAACAAAAAAACAUUGUAUGUAUGAUGGAUGAUGGAGUUCUAUAAUAGGAGCCUGAUGAAAAAGAAGUUUUAUUCUUCUGUGGUGCAUUAACUGUCACACUUGCACACACUUGCUAUCACAUUUCUUCGGACACCUGCACUACCCCGAGGUAUUGACACACAUCCGCACCCUCCCACCGCCCCCGCCCCCGCCCCCUAUGCCAGGGAUGUGUAAACAUGGACCACAUUUAGCCAGCACCACCCUUUCUGUGUUACCCAUGAAAGGGAAAGCAAAGAUGGGUGUUUAUGUGUAUAUUCUAUGUUCUUAAUAAAAAUAAAAAAAAUUAACAAAAUGCCGUGAAUUGAACUAUUUUGACCUUAUAUUGUCAUUACUAUGACACUAUUUAGCUGCACUAUGAGAGCCUCGUUUGUGACAAGAAACCACUGGGUCUGGUCUGGAUGAGAGACAGGCUGGUCGCGUCGCUAGCUGUCCCCAUUAAACUACAGCAACAGCCCCCGGAUAAAGGACUCCUACCCCGCCCCACCUCGGUACGACUCAUGGUUUUAGCUCUUAGAGGACAAACAAACAAAAAAAAAAAAAGAUAUUUUAAACAUUGUUUCAUGUUCCCAUAUAUAUUUUAGAAAGCUGGGUUAAGUGCUAUAUGCAAACAGAAAAAAAGAUGUAUGAAAGAAUUAUUAUUUUUCAUUAUUACUUCUCCCUAAUAUGCAAUGGAGUGUAGUGUAACAAUGGUUGCAAUCCUCUGUCACUUUAAUGCUGUAUGUGCACAUCGGUUGCUGUGUGGAUGUGGGUGCCGAGGCAACAGGACUUGACAAUGAUGGGAACUAAUGGUUGUCACUCUGCAGCGCCGCCGCCGUGUUCCCGGACCGCCUUAUUCGUUCUGACCAAUCACAAAGAGCCCUUUAAAUCCCGGGGGGCCGCAGCCACCGCCACAGGCUGACCGAGCUGUCGUCAGGCGAAUAUCGCUGUUUCCAUUUUCUUCUGCUUUUUUCUUUCCUUUUGCUUUCCCCCCUUCCCUUCUUGCUGUCAGGUAGGAUUUGGAGCGUGUAAAUGGCAUAAUCAUGUUCACAUUUCACUGUCUGUUCUGUGUAUCUGCUUCACCAUUCAAAGAGAGAGAAAAAACCCAGUCGUUUUCCAGUAUAACCUGUUUCAUUUUUAAGAGCCGUAUGAUGCGACACUUGUAGCUGUCACUCUUGGUGCUUGGCUUAUGCUUCAUUGUCUUAAUAUUCCAAAUAAAACUGUUAAGUGUAAUCCACACUGGCCCAUGA